UCAAAUCGUUGCGCGGUCAGUCGAAGGUGACGCAUUCAACAAGGUGUACAUCGUUCAUCUUCUAUUCUAUAUAGUGCAGCAUCCUUUGUACCUAUAAACUUUAUAAAGGCAUCGACAUGAAAACUGCCGCCAUCUUCCUGUGCGCCUUGUGCUUCGUGUCUUGCACGUUGGUUCGCGCCGAUGAGUCUGAAAUGUUGAAUUCAUGCUUCAAGAAGGAAGGUGUUACCUUCGCUGACAUUAGUGAAUUGUUGGGUGGCCAAUCCGAGGAGGCAAUCAAGAAGCGCGGUUGCAUUGAAGCUUGCUACUUGCAGAAACUUGGCCUGAUGACCGAAAACGUUAUCAAUAUCGACAAAAUGGACGCUAUGGUAGACAAAUUGCUGGACAACUACGAACACAAGGAGGAAGUGCGUAAAGGUCUGCACGAAUGUGGCGACAAGGCUGUUCCCAACGACGAUCCGUGCGUGGUAGCCCAACGUUUCUCUGCCUGCGAAUACGAGCAUAUUCAACUUGUUCUUCAGAGCAUAAUCGGUCACCUUGCCAAAUAAGUGUCAGCCGAUCGAACAAAGUAUAGCCUUCGAUGAAAAUGGAAAUACGUUGACCUCACGACACAACGGAAUAAUUUAACACAGCUGCGAAUCGCACAAUAAAUAUAACUGUCAAAAUUCAAA